AUGGCAAAUCCUCGAAAAUUUUCGGAAAAAAUAGCGCUAUUAAAUCAAAAGGAAGCAGAAGGAAAUGCCGAAUUUGAGCGUAUUAUGCGUGAAGUAUCAGAAGUGUCAUCAAAGGUGACACAAGCACCGCGUAACACGAAUUUGAUAGCAACAACUUCUGCAUUUAUAUCGCGAUCAUUGCCAAAUGUUAAUGCGCCAAUUAAUAAUGCAAACAAUUCAAACAAUCUUGAUAAUAAGAAUGACGAACCGAAUACAACAACUUUAGCCGGUUUGCUCUCGUCAGGAUAUUCAAGCGAUAUUACCAAAAAUGCUAACGCUGAAAAUAAAGUGACGAGAGAAUCGAGGGGACGAAGUGUAGGCGGUGGACCAAUGCGAUCGCGAAGAAAUAUUGACACAUCACCGUAUGGCAGCAAUAACAAUGCCUAUUUAAGUCCACCACAAGAGUCGAGUUGGAGGAGAACAUCAUCAGAUUCGGCCAUUCAUCAGAGCUUAACACAAGCUCAAGAAAUACACAAUAAUGUUCAAUCAUUAAUGUUAAGUCCGCGCGCUCAGAAACGGCUAUCAAGUAGUCAAAGUAACAGCAUGAAGAAUCUUCAUCAUCAGCAUCAAAAUCAUUCAAUGAACCAGCAACAUAGUCAUAGUCAGCAAAACAUGCAACAGACAACAUUAUUAGCGCAACAGACACUUAUGCAACAACAAAAUAUUCCCCAACAGCAUAUGGUGAUGAAUAAUUUACAACAGGACAUGAAGUCAAGAUCAGUCUCGAGAUUGCCUGGGAUUCCAAUAUAUCCAUCACAAAAUGAUGAGUUACUCCAGAUACCCGUUGGAAGUUCGACAGGGUCUCUUCCGGAUCUUACGUUAGUGCAUUUUCAACAAUCACCUCUCUCAAAUCCACUAGAUCCACAUGAACUGAUAGCUGUAACAACAAAUCAAUCGUACUCAAUGGCGAGCACAAAUCAAACGACCACGAAUCAUUUACCAAGUAUGACACAACAUCAUCAUCAGCAGCAGCAGCAGCAUCAACAACAUCAAAUGUACUCACAACAAAUGGGAAAUAAUCUCGAUCAAUUUAGCCCGAAGCAUUUUAGUAACAAUAAGGGUUCAACUAGUCAGGGUUUAAUAAUCCAGCAACAACAAGGAGCCAACAAUAACCAAAACUUUGCUCAACAGCAACAACAGCAAUCAAGUCCAAUACCAAUAGAUAAUACCAGUCAGCAACAGCAAUCACCGUUACAUUAUUACACGAAUUCAAUACCCCAAGAGAAAAUGAUGAGUUAUCGCAACAAUGCAGCGUCGCCGGGUAACUUGUCGUUGUCACAAGGGAAUUUAUCGAAGGUAUGCUUCGUUGAGCAGCAGAAUAAUUAUCGAAGUAGUCCCAACAAUCGACCAAGUCCUGGAAGUAGCCCAAUCAACCAUAUACCUGACUUAUCAAAUUCAAGUGCUCCAUGUAGUCCAUCGCCACAAAUGACCGGAAAUAAUGGACAAUUUGAAAGUUUUUCAUCAGCUGACACAUUUUAUCUUAAUCCAACGAUUCAGCAACAUUUUGAACAGUUCUCAUUAGUCGAUAGCCCGCUGAAUGAUUACAACAACUCUACAAAUGAUCAAACUUAUACCCAGUUAAAUGAUAGCUACAAUGGAAUUAUCAAUGAUAGCCCGAAUCGGACCAAUCAAUCACCAACGAAUGCAUCUCGACCGAAUUCACGACCAAACAAUAUGAAUCAACAGACAUCCAACAACAAUAGCAAUCGACAGUCAAGUAAUAACGGUGGAUCAAGUCCUCAUAGUCCAUUAGGCAGCGACACAAUGCUAUCCGGUAAUAAUUAUGACAAUUUACGAAUUAUAUUGGGAUCAUCAUCGCCAUUAGACGGUGGACUAUCAAAUGGAAUCAAUAAUAAUAGUGGUGUCAAUGAUAUUAUGUUAGGUGGUCUAGGAAAUGAUUCGAGUUCAAAAUUAAUAUCGUCAAGUAGUCCAGCCCUCCAAAAUCCUCUUAUGAUGACAUCGUCACCAUCUCAUCAAAUUACACAAACAACGACUGCCAUACCAGAAAUUGUUUUCUCAGAUUAUUCAUCCGGAUCUGUAUGCGAUUUGCUGAAUGUAGACAAUUUCUUAGAAUUGGGAAUGAAUACAACAGAGUUGCAGAUGUUUGAGAAUGCCAAUAUUAUUGAUCCAACGAUAGAAGAAAACUUCAGACGUGAUUUGUAUUAA